UAAACACUAUAGAUUGUAGGUAGGCUGGAACACACUGACUCCUACAGCCAUCAAACAAGUUGUGCUUUAGUGGGUGAAGUAAGGGAAGGCGGUCAUGCAGGGACUCCGUGCUCUGUGGCUGACUGCACUCCCUGCCCUCCUGUGGGCAUCACCACUGUUGGUGGAAAGGGAUACUGAAGCCUCCAGGAUAUGCAAGACUGCCCCACACUGGGAGAUAGAGGGCAAAGCCCCCAUGGAGGAGCUCCAUGGGCACAUAGUGAUGGUGGCGCUUCUCAAAGCUAGCUGACACUUCUGCCUGACGCAAGCUUCCCGCAUGGGAGACUUGCGUGACAGGCUGGCCCUGAGUAAGCUGGCCAAUGUGUCAUUCCUGAUUGUGAAUGAGCAAGAGGCCCAAUCCAGAGCCAUGUACUGGGAGCUGAAGAGGAGAGCAGCAGAAGGGAUCCCUGUCUAUCAGCAGAGUCCCCUCCAACAAGACGUCUGGGCUGCUCUUCAGGGAGAAAAAGAUGACGUCCUCAUUUAUGACAGGUGUGGCAAGCUGACUUUUCACAUCGUUCUGCCAUACAGCUUCCUACAUUUCCCAUAUGUGGAGGCCGCCAUCCGGGCCACAUAUCACAGAGAUAUCUGUAACUGCUCAUUGCAUUCUUACACGUCCUUUGAAUCGGGAUUCCACAAUUCUACGAGCAAUGACACCACGCUGUAUCCAACACCAAUCCCUGACCAGGCCCAUGGUAACGUAACAGUCCGGGCAGACGAUCAAGAGGGUCCUGCAGACAAGACUCAACUGCUCCCCCAGCCUUCUCAAAGUGAUAGUGAUAGGGUCCACUCCCAUCAAGCACACAAACACACACAUGGUCACCAUGGUCACCAUGAUCACCAUGGCCAUGCUGCAACCACAGGAGACACCACACCAGAAAACCAUGAUCGGUAAUACGCUGCAGUCCAUGGACUGUUGCAACAAACAAAAAGCAAGCAGCUAACAGAAAUUCAACUGGUUAGAUCAUUACUGUUUACUCAACAGUGUUACAGUAGACAUGCAAUGCUAGCCAGUGAAAUGGUGGAGAGAAUGUGGGUUUGCAAUCUUACCAAAAACAGUUGGUUGGGAAAUGGGUUAUCAAGGCUCAUAAUGGGAUGUUUUGAUGUUUUAGCUUCAUACCUCUUGUCUUUUCAUGAUAUAUAAGUGAUAUCCUCAUCUUGUUCAGUGAAUGCCUUCACAUGCUGACCCACCCAUGUUUGUACUUGGGAUCUUCAUCAUGGUAUUAAAUUAGCAAAAAUAAAUAUGCCUUAUUAAAGUAGCUUUAGUCAGACAUUAGACUGUGUGCUCGACAUGAAAAUAAGGACCCCAUAUUUUAUCCAUGUGCAUCUCAGGCAUUAUCCUUGGGGUAAAGAUGACAUCAUUUUCCUAGGUGCCGUACAUAAACAAAUAAAAAAAUAUAUAUAUAUUAUUAAUUAAAAAAAAACAUAAUACAUGACAAAAGCAAUAGAAAUGUUUUUCUCCAUACCCCAGCUGUUGCAGAUAAUUCAUUGUCAUCAUUAGAUCAGGGUUUCAUAUCUAUUUUUCAGGGCCCAUGUUACAGUUUUGGCAUAUUCCUCUCUCAACUUGGGUCGAUUGUGUGGAAAGCUGUUUUGAUGUUUCAGCCUCAUACCUCUUGUCUUUUUUAUUUUCCUUAAGCGAUAUUGUCUUUGUUCUAUACAUUCCUUUGCCACAUCAGUUAUCAUGAGAACCAGUCUGUGACUCGAGCUGAGCAAGUGAUGAGAGCGCUUCGGCAGCUUCAUGUGUGACAGGAAUAGGUGACAGGAAUCCUUGACCUUGAUGUUGCAUGUAAUGAAAUGUGCACUUUAAACCUCACUAAGGUGUGUGCAUAUGGAAGCUGUGUGGCUGAUGGGUCAAGGAAAUCAUCUCGUGCUCAAACACAUGUCAAGCUUCCUGGAGGUUUCUCAAAAUUAUGCUAAAAGGCUCGGAUACACUGGCUAUAAAUUCAAGCAGAAUUUCUGAAGUGUGAUUUGCUCUUUGUGCAGGUUCAGUUGAAAUAAAAAGUGAUCUCAUUUUAAA